UCGCACUUCUCAAGUCAAAUUCUGUGCUACUCAUUCGCUGCUCAUAACUUCCCUUGCGGCUUCCUAGCUCCCUUACGACUACUUGACCCGCAUUUUCCCAAAUUCUUUGAGACCCAAGAGUUUUCUGCGUCGAUUCCUCAUCUUGAGAUGGCGAGUUCCCGAGCCCUGCUCUUCCUCGGAUUCAUCUGCAUCGCCCUUUGCAUAGCUGGAGCAAACGCACAAGCGAAGCCGAAGCCCACCAAGGCGCAGCUGAAGGCGGAGCUGAACAACAUGGCGACGAACAUCACGAAGCGUUACCCGGAAUAUGCGAAAUACGCGAAGGACAUCAACAAGUACAUCGGCCUCGCGUUGAACUCCAAGUACGACUUCUCAGCCCUCUCGGACGCGACCAUCCUCCUCCCCAGCAACACAGAGGCCGAAGCCCUCGCUAAGAAGCUCCCCGCUAAGAGCAGCAACAUCCCCACAAUUUACAAUAUUACCGCGUACCACAUCAUCCGGGGGAAAUUCACCGUUCCUCAGCUAAAAUCGCUCAAGAAGUCUCAGCCCGUUGGUACUCAAUUGAAGCAGGCCCUUUACAAGGUUUCGCCCCAAAACGGCAAUACAGUGUCGUUUGCCAAGGGGCCAAACGCGCCUGCUGCCACGUGGACGACGAUCAAGAUCGUGAGGUUGUAUGCCGGCCCUUACUUCAUCGCACACGGCGUGGAUAAAGUGCUCAUUCCCGAUGGGACCAAAAUGCCGAAGUAGAGCUCAUUACAGGCUGUACUGCUACUGUUACGGUCCACACCACAGCACGCUAACUACAUUCUGUUCAACCUCUGAAGAGAUGAGACUGCCUGCCAGUUUAUGCUGUAGAUUUAGGGUUUAGGGUCACUGCCUACAUGCUGGGCCCUAUCCAGUUCCGGUGAUGCUUUCUUCUGUGUACAGAACUUGGAAAAUUAUUAAUGUAAGG